AGCCUAUCUACCAUAAGAACAUGAGCGAAAUCGAAUUUUCGACCCUUGCCGCGAAAUUACUGAAGAAUUUGUCUGACUUUUACUGGUAGGCGGCACUCUGAAAAGCUAGGCUUGUCAAACAAAUAUAUUUAACAAUCUUCAACGGAGGCCUUUUGCGGAGUAAAAGAUAUGCUAACGCGAUCUUUUAGUCCCCAAACAUCUCUCCAAAGUGAAACGACUGACAAAACGUGUGCUGUGUGUGUGUAAGUUUUGUUUUUUCAUUUAACGUGGGAGGUCUUCAAAGUUCGAUUUUGUGUCAAUUCUGAAAUUAAUUUUAUUUGUACGUCUUCUCAUGCCUCGCUUGUACUCAGUCGAAUUAAUUUUACAGGCAAUCGAAGCUCAAUUUAACCUUCUAGGAGAAGCUGAGAACUCAUCAGCAAAAGAGUUCUUCAGAAUUUCGUCUUUCAAAGGACAAGGGAAAUGAGAUGCAUUCCGAUUACUUGUAGAACCCGAAACUGCUCACAUACGGUAAUGCGUUUAAUCAAAACUGUAAACAGAUCCAUUUCAUUUUCUAAUUUCUUCCUGCUUAUCUUUGUUUCUGAGUCAUCUGUACGGGUUGUAUUACUAGCAGCACUUGUAUUAAAACUGUAUUUGUUAAAUGAGAAAAACAUUUCUGAUUAAAAUCACCCAAGAUCAUGUCUUUGUGUGGAGGACGAAGUCCAAAGUAGUUUUAUAGUAAAUAAACAAAAAAUAAACAAAAAACUCACAGUUUUCUGGUGGAUUGGCGGUAACUAAUCGUGGAAAUUUGUACGUUUCAUUGUGGGAAAAUACGAUAGCUUAUAAUACUUCUGUUCAAAGGAAAUUUGAUUUUGCCUCUGCUGGAGACUUCCCCGCCAUACGCUGGUUAUUUCAAAAUAGCUUUCAGCUUCGUUUUUUGAUUAAAACAAGUUUCAUUUCUUUGUUGUCGCUUGGAGAACCGCCAAAAUAACGAGUCUGGCAAUUAUCGUGACAAGGAAAUACUGUUACCCGAAAAUAUCUCAAAAGCCGUAGAGAACGGUACAUCACGAUUUCUUAGCCAAGAUUUAGAGAAGCAAGAAAAAUAUUCACAACUGAUUUGAGUUUGCGUCAGUGAAAUUGAGCCUUUACGUUUGGACGUAUUGACAGCCAAUCUCGGGGGACAAGUAAGUAAUUGAAACCAUGUUGUUCACCUGCCGACAGAACGUGACUCUUCCAGUAAACAAGAGUGACUUUUGCUUGUCAGCUUAAUUAAUGUCUCGCCGGUUUUUGCAUUUUUUCUUACAAUAUGGCUGGUCAAGGAAACAACAUUUCUUUUGAGUGAGCGGUAGUAUUCUCUCUGUUGAAAACGGAGAUAAACACAACUCAGGAUGAACAACACAACCAACAUCACAACAGAGUAUGAAGAGGGAGGCCGGUCAUGUCCCUAUCCGAGUAUGACUCUCUGGCAGCAGUCGGCCCGAGCAGCAAGUGUCCUUCUGGUUAUCAUCUUGUCACUCGUCGGGAACAUCUUUGUCUUGUACGUCGUAAGAAACAACAUCAAACUUCACACGGUGACCCAUUAUCUAAUUGUCAACUUGGCCGUCGUCGAUCUCUUGAUAACAGUUUUUAACAUGUCUGUGUUAUUGAAGACCGAAGUCACUGGGAACGAUGAAGUAUUUGGCGGCAUCGCUGGACAAAUCUACUGUGUUGGAAUCAUUGUGGUGCUCAAUCUUUGCGUUGUUUGUUCCAUUCUCAUCAUGACAGCAAUUGCUGUCGAGAGAUUUUGCUCUAUUGUAUUUCCAUUUAAGCGAAUAAUAACUUUCAAACUGGCCAAAGCAAUAGUGGCGGGUAUCUGGCUUUGUUCCUUUCUAGUCACGAUCCCGUUUUUCUUCCAUAUCAAAGUAGUAGAUUACUAUGGUGACGGGGUAUUCUACUGCGUGGAGGACUGGUCCCCACUUGAUACGAUAAGAGCUUCCCAAGUGUUUCAGAUCGUGUUCUUCGUUCUUGUGUACGCAUGCCCACUCAUUGCCAUCUUCGUAUUGUAUUCAUGCAUUGGCAUUAAGCUGUGGAGACGACAAACGAAGAGGCAAGUCUCGUCAUUCGGCAAUUCCCACAGGCGAACACGCAUGACAGUGCAGGUGACCAAGAUGCUGAUCGUCAGCGUCAUGGUGUUUGCAAUUUGCUGGCUUCCACAACACGUGGUUCUGUUCAUCAACUACUUCAUGUUACACAUAUGUCCUCCUGAGUUUCUGUGGUUUGGAGGAACUCUACUUGCUUAUGCAAACAGUGCGAUGAACCCAAUAAUUUACGUUGCAUUCCACUCGGAAUAUAGGAAACAAUUCAAGGUUGCUGUGGUGAGGUGUUGCCCAAUUUGUCGCGGACUUCGCAACCCCGGCGUUCGUCUCAAAAUGCGUGUAGGAAGAGAAGUCGAGGGGUCCGAAGAGUUCGUUAUGGUCAAUGUUUUAUCCUUUAAGAUCAAGUCAAGCGAAGGAACUGAAGCCAGCCUUGUCAAUGCCAGCAGUCCGAGUAACAGAAGCAAAGAAAAUGCUGGAUUUAAUAUAAGAGAAUGAUGAAAACGAAAUGUUUUAAAUAUGCCAGAAAAGAAAAUUAUCAAAGGUAGCGUUAAGUGGCAAAGACCCCUUCCAAUAUGGGAACAUAACAUGCAGGACUUUGACAAAGAAUAGAGACUGUUGUUUAACAUAUACGAUGACUAAAUAACCCAGAAUAUCAGUUUUGUGUUUAUUCUCAGUAGAAUAAGAACAAUGAUAUUGGAAAGUUCAACGUAAUAACAAAGCCUUGCAGAAAUGUUGAUGAGAGCGACAACUGAAGUGUCUUAAAUUUGUUCCCAAGUAGACUGGGUACUCCAAAAUUGCGUACAAACCAAGAUUUACUUCAUUUAAUUAACGUGAAUUGCUACAGGGGAGUUUUUUGGGGGUGAUCCAUUCAAAUUACGUUUACACUAAGGACAUGUACUGUGCACAUCUUCUUUGGUUAACUUUCGCAGCGUGAAAUACUCCUGGUAUUCACGAAAAAGCUGGGUGUAAAGAGAAGGAGUUAAAAUCCUUAAAACUUGAGAGACGGUCUGCAUAUGGUUAUUUAAUCCACGGGUUUUGAAGAACGAAUGACCGAAUCUAUUAUUACCACUAUGAUGUUGCAUUGAUUUCAGUUUUCUGUUUUCUGAUUUGAACCUGGCCACCUUAAGGAAAACGGCUAAUCAAUCAAAACGUACACUGAGAACAAUGGACUGGUAGCUUCUUGUGACGGUGGGUAACGGUCUGUCUGACGUGAAAACAUAAACACUAUCGACUCCUCUGCGUUAUAUAAUAUACACUCUGAGACAUUCAGUCCUUGACGACGAAUAAUCAUGAUUAUAGAUCUCGCUCGAAAAAUUUAGCUUGAAAACUCAUUUUGCGACAACUAAACCGAAACCGUUGAAACGCG